AUGAUGAUGGCAAGAAAGCAAGAUGUUCGCAUUCCCACCUAUAAUAUUAGCGUGGUGGGAUUAUCCGGGACGGAAAAAGAGAAAGGCCAGUGCGGCAUUGGGAAAUCCUGCCUUUGUAACCGUUUCGUACGACCCAGCGCCGAUGAAUUUCAUUUGGACCAUACUUCGGUUCUCAGUACCAGUGACUUUGGGGGAAGGGUGGUCAAUAAUGACCAUUUUCUCUACUGGGGGGAAGUCGUCCGUUCCCUGGAGGACUGCGUGGAAUGUAAAAUGCACGUGGUGGAACAGACGGAAUUUAUCGACGACCAGACUUUUCAGCCUCAUCGUAGUACGGCCCUGCAGCCUUAUAUCAAAAGAGCUGCCGCCACCAAAUUGGCGUCGGCUGAAAAACUCAUGUAUUUUUGCACUGAUCAACUUGGGUUGGAACAGGACUUUGAACAAAAACAGAUGCCGGAUGGCAAGCUGCUGGUGGAUGGUUUCCUUCUUUGCAUCGACGUGAGCAGGGGGAUGAACAGGAACUUUGACGAUCAGCUGAAAUUCGUUUCGAAUCUUUACAAUCAACUGGCGAAAACAAAAAAACCCAUCGUGGUGGUCUUGACCAAGUGCGACGAAGGCGUGGAGCGGUACAUUAGGGAUGCACAUACUUUUGCCUUAAGCAAAAAAAAUCUCCAGGUGGUGGAGACGUCGGCUCGAUCCAAUGUGAAUAUUGACUUGGCUUUUAGCACUUUAGUGCAGCUGAUCGAUAAAAGCCGGGGGAAGACGAAAAUCAUCCCCUAUUUCGAAGCGUUGAAACAACAAAGUCAACAAAUCGCCGCUGCUAAAGAUAAAUACGAGUGGCUGGUCAGCCGCAUCGUCAAAAACCACAACGAGACGUGGUCUAACGUCAGCCGUAAGAUGCAAUCUUCUCCGGAAUAUCAGGAUUAUGUCUACCUGGAAGGAACGCAGAAAGCUAAAAAGCUUUUUCUGCAACACGUCCACCGCCUGAAGCAAGAACACAUCGAACGACGUCGGAAGAUGUAUCUCGCCAUGCUUCCUCAAGCCUUCGAAGCUCUCAUCCCCGAUCUGGAUGAAAUCGAUCAUUUGAGUUGCGUCAAAGUGGAGAAACUCUUGGAGACGAAAGCGGAUUUUUCCAAAUGGUUUGUCGUCCUGGAAGAGACCCCUUGGGAUGCAACGAGCCACAUCGACAACAUGGAAAACGAACGAAUUCCCUUCGACCUGAUGGAAACCCAACCCGCCGAGCAGCUCUACGAAGCUCAUUUAGAAAAAUUGAGGAACGAGCGGAAAAGGGCGGAAAUGAGAAGAGCUUUCAAAGAAAAUUUGGAGACGUCUCCUUUCAUCACGCCCGGGAAACCCUGGGAGGAAGCGCGGAGUUUUAUUAUGAACGAGGAUUUUUAUAUGUGGCUGGAGGAGUCUAUUUAUAUGGAUAUCUACAGCAAGCACCAAAAACAGAUCAUCGAAAAAGCCAAGGAGGAGUUUCAAGAGCUUCUCUUGGAAUAUUCAGAGCUGUUUUACGAACUGGAGCUGGACGCGAAACCCAGCAAGGAGAAAAUGGGUGUAAUUCAGGACGUUUUGGGCGAAGAGCAAAGGUUCAAAGCUCUGCAGAAGCUACAGGCUGAGCGCGAUGCUCUGAUUUUGAAGCACAUCCACUUCGUCUACCACCCGACGAAGGAAACGUGUCCCAGCUGCCCGCUUUGCGUCGAUUCGAAAAUCGAGCAACUCAUCAACUCUCGUUUCAUCAGACCUUCCGAACGCAACCAGAAGAAUUUCCUUUCAGAUUCCAACAUCGACAGGAUCAAUUUGGUGAUCCUGGGCAAGGACGGUUUGGCACGGGAGUUGGCCAACGAGAUCCGGGCGCUCUGCACCAACGACGAUAAAUACGUGAUCGAAGGUAAGAUGUACGAAUUAUCCCUGAGACCCAUCGAGGGCAACGUCCGACUCCCCGUCAACUCUUUCCAGACGCCAACUUUUCAACCUCACGGUUGUCUCUGCCUUUACAACUCCAAGGAAUCGCUCUCCUACGUGGUGGAAAGCAUCGAAAAAAGCCGCGAGUCCACCAUCGGCCGGAGGGAGAAUCAUUUGGUUCACCUGCCACUGACGCUCAUCCUCGUUAAUAAAAGGGGGGACACCAGUGGCGAGACGCUCCACAGCUUGAUCCAACAAGGCCAACAGAUCGCCAGCAAGCUCCAGUGCGUCUUUCUUGACCCUGCGUCUGCCGGCAUCGGGUACGGCCGGAACAUCAAUGAGAAGCAAAUCAGCCAAGUUUUAAAGGGGUUGUUGGACUCCAAACGCAACUUAAACCUCGUCAGCUCCACCUCCAGCAUCAAAGACUUGGCGGACGUCGACCUACGCAUCGUCAUGUGCUUGAUGUGCGGAGAUCCCUUCAACGUGGACGACAUCCUCUUACCCAUCCUGCAAUCCCAAACCUACCGACCUUCCCAGUGCGGCAGCAGCAGCUCCGUCCUCCUCGAGUUAUCCAUCGGGCCACACAAGAGGCGCGUGGAGCUCUCCCUCCUUUCCUACCAUUCCUCUUUUAGCGUUCGGAAAAACCGCCUCGUUCACGGUUACAUCGUUUUUUAUUCGGCCAAACGCAAAGCGUCGUUGGCCAUGCUCCGUGCCUUUCUCUGCGAGGUGCAAGAUAUCAUCCCCAUCCAAAUCGUGGCAUUGACGGACGGUUCCAUCGACAUUUUGGACAACGAUUUGAGCAGAGAACAGCUCACCGAAGGCGAAGAGAUCGCCCAAGAAAUCGACGGCAAGUUCACCACCAUCCCUUGUAGCCAACCCCAGCACAAGUUGGAAAUUUUCCACUCGUUUUUUAAAGACGUGGUGGAGAAAAAAAACAUCAUCGAAGCCACCCACAUGUACGACAACGUGGCCGAAGCCUGCAGCACGACAGAGGAAGUCUUCAACUCGCCUCGAGCCGGUUCUCCUCUUUGUAACUCCAACUUGCAGGAUUCGGAGGAAGACGUCGAACCUCCAACCUACAGCCCUUUCCGAGAGGAUACGUCCAUCCCCGCCCUGCCCAAAGACCACUCGAAACUUUCCAUGGAACUGGAGGGGAACGACGGCUUGUCUUUCAUUUCCGUCAUGAGCACUUUUGAAAGCAAGUUGAACAACAAAGUACCUCCUCCGGUGAAACCAAAGCCCCCCGUACAUUUCGAUAUUACUAAGGGGGACCUGUCGUAUUUGGAGCAGGGCCAUCGGGACGGGCAGAGAAAAUCCGUAUCUUCUAGUAGCUGGUUGCCCACCGACUGCUUCGAUCCUUCCGAUUACGCCGAGCCGAUGGACGCCGUGGUUAAACCUAGAAAUGAAGAGGAGAAUAUUUACUCCGUGCCUCACGACAGCACCCAAGGCAAGAUCAUCACCAUCCGAAAUAUUAACAAAACCCAAUCCAACGGUAGCGGUAACGGCUCCGACAGCGAGAUGGACACCAGCUCCUUGGAACGGGGUCGGAAAGUGUCGGUUGUUAGCAAACCCGUGUUAUAUCGGACGCGCUGCACGAGGUUGGGCAGGUUUGCUAGUUACCGAACCAGUUUCAGCGUUGGGAGCGACGAUGAGUUGGGACCCAUCCGAAAAAAAGAAGAAGAUCAAACUUCUCAAGGGUAUAAAGGCGAUAACGCCGUUAUCCCUUACGAAACGACCGACGGGGAAGAUCCCAGGAGGAGGAACAUCCUGCGCAGCCUGAGGAGGACGACGACGAAGAAACCAAAGCCCAAACCUCGGCCGUCCAUCACCAAGACCACGUGGGAGAGCAACUAUUUUGGGGUGCCUUUGACCACCGUCGUGACGCCGGAGAAACCCAUCCCAGUCUUUAUCGAGAGAUGCAUCGAAUACAUCGAAGCGACCGGGCUGAGCACCGAAGGCAUCUACCGCGUGAGCGGGAACAAGUCGGAGAUGGAGAGCCUGCAGCGGCAGUUUGACCAGGACCACGGGCUGGACCUGGCCGAGAAGGAUUUCACCGUCAACACGGUGGCCGGCGCCAUGAAGAGUUUCUUCUCCGAGCUGCCCGAGCCCCUCGUCCCCUACGCCAUGCAGGUGGAGCUGGUGGAAGCCCACAAAAUCAACGACCGGGAGCAGAAGCUCCACGCGCUGAAGGAAGUCCUGCGGAAAUUUCCCAAGGAGAACUACGAGGUCUUCAAAUACGUCAUCGGACACUUGAACAAGUACGUAACGGCCCACAACCACCGCGUCAACCUGAUGACCAGCGAGAACCUCUCCAUCUGCUUCUGGCCAACCCUCAUGCGCCCCGAUUUCACCACCAUGGACGCCCUCACCGCCACCCGCACCUACCAGACAAUCAUCGAACUCUUCAUCCAGCAGUGCCCCUUUUUUUUCUACAAC